ACUAAACCCAGUUGGCAAUUGGGGGACACUCAAGGCGGUCCCUUCCAAAAUUAUUUGUGUUGUAAAGCGUUGCAAGGCCUUUCUCCGAAUCAGACUAUCGAACAUGUCCGCGACCACCAGCGGCAUUGAAGAAACCAGGAAUGGAGCUCCUACGAUAUGGAGCAGACGAGGUGAAUCCCGCGUGGAGGAAACCACUCUGAUCGGUGAUGGUCUGCACGUGCAACGUUCUCGACAAGGUCGUCCACAAGGGCCACACAACCAGCGAACAUCCACGGAUCGAUCAGCGGAUAGAAGGUCUCGAAAUCCAACGCAUCGCCGGGCCAAUCUCCUUCGCAAAAUGAGCCUACAAAGGAGUUUGGCCUUCUACAACCGGUUAAGAAGCAACUUUGGAGGACCUGCUUCCGGAUUUGGUUACGCCUUUGAAUCGGACUUCAACCUGCGGAGGCAAUUGCGACGGGACUUCUACCUACCGAUGUUGGGAAACUGCCUUGGUUUCCUCAACGGAAGUGAGGAGGGGGCUGAGGAGAGGAGGUUGUUCUCGGAUCGAUGCCACUGGACGCGGGCUCAGUUGCACUUCCAGCAGUACUUGGGUCUCCGGCAUCGCCAUCACCACUUUUCGAGAUCCUCCUCCCUGAAGUUGGAUCUCAGUCCCCUGGACUUGAGACUAAUCUACGGCACGUUGUACGGACUGGGUCUCAAGGAGGCACUCCGACUGGCCUUCAACGAGGUGGUCCACCUGCACUAGUUUCGUUUCCCCAACGAUCGAUAAUAAAAAGUCAUUUCCAAUCUA